AUGGCAGAGGAGUGGGGAAAACCGGUGUUUGCUGCCAGGCGGUACAAUGAAGAAACAACGAGGGGAGCUGCCUUUACUUACACAAACACUAAUUACACCAAAGAUCCCUUUGAGGGCCCAAACUACCACAUUGCUCCUCGAUGGGUUUACAACGUUGCAACAGUCUGGAUGUUUUUUGUGGUCAUAUUAUCCGUCUUCACCAACGGUCUCGUCUUGGUGGCCACAGCAAAGUUCAAGAAACUCCGUCACCCUCUGAACUGGAUCUUGGUCAAUCUUGCUAUUGCUGAUCUUGGAGAGACAGUCUUUGCCAGCACCAUCAGUGUCUGCAACCAGUUUUUUGGUUAUUUCAUCCUUGGACACCCAAUGUGUGUUUUUGAGGGCUAUAUUGUCUCAACUUGUGGUAUUACUGCUCUUUGGUCGUUGACCAUCAUCUCCUGGGAGAGAUGGGUUGUUGUGUGCAAACCUUUCGGAAACGUCAAGUUUGAUGCCAAAUGGGCCACAAGUGGAAUUGUGUUCUCCUGGGUCUGGGCAGCAGUGUGGUGCGCUCCCCCCAUGUUUGGAUGGAGCAGGUACUGGCCUCAUGGACUGAAGACAUCCUGUGGACCUGAUGUGUUCAGUGGGAGUGAAGACCCUGGAGUCCAGUCCUACAUGAUUGUUCUCAUGGUCACAUGUUGUCUCCUUCCCCUGGCCAUCAUCAUCCUGUGCUACCUUGCAGUGUGGUUGGCCAUCCGUGCUGUUGCCUUGCAGCAGAAGGAAUCGGAGUCAACACAGAAAGCUGAGAGGGAAGUAUCCAGGAUGGUCGUGGUCAUGAUCUUUGCUUAUUGUUUGUGCUGGGGACCUUACACAUUUUUUGCCUGCUUUGCUGCCGCCAACCCUGGGUAUGCGUUCCAUCCUCUGGCUGCUGCCAUGCCUGCAUACUUUGCCAAGAGCGCCACCAUCUACAACCCAAUCAUCUACGUCUUCAUGAACCGACAGUUCCGCACAUGCAUCUUGCAGCUCUUUGGCAAACAAGUGGAUGAUGGCUCUGAAGUAUCCACAUCAAAGACAGAAGUCUCCUCCGUGGCUCCUGCAUAA